AUGACAGGUCACAUCCGAAGGAAGGAAGCGGAUAUUGCUCUAGCACCAUAUACCCGCACCGAGGACAGGAAUAAAUACCUCGAAUUUACUGAUUCAUUAUACUCUGAUGUUCUACAAUGUGUUGCGGGAAAAGGCCAACCAGAAAUCGACCCGUGGGGAUUCCUGUUUCCGCUGGAUUCCGUGGUUUGGACGGCACUGUUGGCAUCCCUGGUGAUAGCUUGGUUGGCAAUGGUGGUGCUUGGCAGCAACAAUAAUAAAAAGAGUGUUGGACGCUUCACAUGGAUCACUGACUUAUUUCUAGAACAUCUAAGAGUAGCCCUUCGUCAAGACUUGCGCUUGGGGCAGCGACGUGGUAGUGAAAUGUUGUUGGUGUUGGGGUGGAUGGUUGUGACGAUGAUGGUGAUGUGGAGCUACAGUGGCAACUUGGUCUCUCUACUGGCGGUGCGAUACAUCUCCAAGCCGUUGCAGACCCUCAGGAACCUGCUCGACUCCUCCGUCACUCUGAUCAUGACGCGCAACGACGUUUUUAUUGAUUUCCUUCUCACAGUGAAGAGUGGUGAGUUGCAGGAGUUGGGAAAUCUAUACAAGGUGGGUCGGGUCAAAUACCAGUUAUCAAAAACCUUCCCGGACGUGAUGGAGAAGCUGGUCACCAAGGGUCACCACGUCCUCUUCAGCCCUGGCCUCGCUCUUGACCGACUCGCUGCCAACUACUUCGCAAAAACAGGACGAUGUGACUUCUAUAAGAUGAGAGAGUCCUUUUUCCCCCUCACCCACUGUAUCGUCGCACUCAAAGGAAACCUACUUGUUCGUGCCAUGAGUUAUAGGGUGAGGGCCAUACUGGAGUCUGGGCUGUACGACCACUGGUUGAUGAGCAGUAUCCCCUUCUCCACCGUGUGUCGCCAUGCGCCCUCCAUCAUCACAGAGAGGGAAUCUCUCGCCAUCAACAACCUCUGGGGGAUGUUGGUGGUGCUGGGCGCAGGACUUCUGCUGGCUCUGGUCACCUUCUGUCUGGAACUUUAUGUCAACAAACGCAGUGGUGACGGAGUCUCAUAGUCCUCCACAUCGUCACGUCACAUCUCAACACCCAGCGCAACUGUGACGACUUAGCCACAUGUACUGAGUCUGUGUCACAAGCUCAUACUCAUCGGUACUGACAAGGCUAUGAGAAGUUGCCACUGAUCAUCAUCACCACUGACAGGGAAGUCGUCAAGCUGACCACCAACCUAUGCAGUUGAACCUGACAAUUAAUUUUUGUUUUGUUUUAUACAUUUUUAAAUAAGCCCGAGUAAUAGCAAUGUUCAGCCGGAAAGUUUCCAGCCAUUGUUCUACGCACCUGAAAUUUCCGUGUUAUAGCUACUCAGUACAGUACCUUUAUAUGUCUUAUUAAGUCUACUGAAAAAGUCUGACCGCAGUUAAUGUUUAUGUAUAAAUAAACUAUUAAACUAACA